GUAGCUGUGUACAAUAUUGGCUUUCACAAGAGUCUUGGUGUAGAGUAUUUGCUGCAUGCGCCAUACUUAUCACAAACGGGAAGGACAAGGUAACGAACGCUCUAGUUGGCCGUCUUUGUGUCGGACGAUACCUGAGCUCAGUGCAGUGCAAACAUGGACGUCUCAACGCCGUUUGUUGCGCUGUUGUUCAUUGGCCUCCUCUCUCUCUUCCUCCUCGUCGCCAGGAAGCCUUCUCCGUCCUGUGGCGAUGGACGGCGUUUGCCUCCGUCGCCGCCGGGCCUUCCCCUCCUGGGCCAUCUUCCACUUCUUGGGUCCCUGCCGCACCGGAAGCUCCGGUCCCUGGCGGAGGCGCACGGCCCGGUCAUGCUCCUGCGCCUCGGCCGCGUGCCCACCGUGGUGGCCUCCUCGGCGGCCGCGGCGCAGGAGGCCAUGAAGACCCGCGACCUGGCCUUCGCGAGCCGCCCAAGGGUGCGCAUGGCUGAGCGCCUCCUCUACGGCAGCGACAUGGCCUUCGCCCCCUACGGCGAGCACUGGCGCCAGGCGCGACGCGUCUGCGUGCUCCACCUCCUCAGCCAGCGCCGCGUCCUCUCCUUCCGCCGCGCUCGGGAGCGGGAGGCCGCCGCCCUGCUCGACCGCGUCCGCCGCGCCGCCGUGCGCGACGCCGUGAACCUGAGCGACCUCCUCAUCUCCUACACCAACGGCGUCUUCUUGCGCGCCGCGUUCGGCGACGACGUCGGGGGCUACGAGCUCGACGGCGGUGAGAAGCUGAGGAAGGUGUUCGCCGACUUCGAGGAGCUCCUCGGGACGGUCACGGUGGGGGAGUUCGUGCCGUGGCUGGCGUGGCUGGACACGCUGACGGGGCUAGACGCCAAGGUGACGCACACGUUCGAGGAGAUGGACGCCUUGAUCGAGCGGGUGAUCGCGGACCACCGCCAGAGGCGCCGUGGCGGCCGGCGGAAGGAGGACGAUCACCGGGACUUCGUGGACGUGCUGUUGGACGUGAACGAGAUGGAGGAGGACGCUGACGGAGUUCGCUUUGACACGGCAGCCAUCAAGGCCAUUGUUCUGGACGUGUUUGCCGCCGCCACCGACACAGCCUACACUACGUUGGUAUGGGCCAUGGCGGAGCUCAUCAACCACCCGCACGAGAUGCGCAGGGUCCAAGAGGAGAUCCGCGCGGCCGUCGGCGGCGGCGAUCACGUCACCGAAGACCACCUCAGCGAGCUGCGCUACCUCAAGUCCGUGAUCAAGGAGACGCUCCGGCUGCACACGCCGUUGCCACUCCUCCUGCCCCGGGAGACGGUGGAGGACACCGAGCUGCUCGGCUACCACGUUCCAGCGCGCACCCGCGUCGUCAUCAACGCCUGGGCCAUCGCACGGGACCCCGCGACGUGGGAGCGUGCCGAGGAGUUCGUGCCGGAGCGGUUCGCGGACGACGACCCGACGGAUGAUCAGUACGCGCUGGGGCAGGACUUCAGGUUCGUGCCGUUCGGCGCUGGGAGGAGAGGGUGCCCCGGGGUCGAGUUUGGCGUGCCGACCAUUGAGCUGGCGCUGGCGAGCCUACUGUACCACUUCGACUGGGAGCUGCCGGCCGGUGGCGCGUCGACGCUGGACAUGGACGAGCUGAACGGGCUAUCCGUGCGGCUCAAGGCGACGCUGCAUUUGGUUUCUAAGCCAUGGUCUCCUCAGUAAGUGCACGUACGGUGUCUUUGGGUUGGUCUUACUCUUUGAUAGUAAGAUCAAAAUAUACAGCAUCAGCAUGCAUGGUUUUGGUUGUGUAAUCACAGAACUCCUUGUAGAUGAUAUAAUUCUUUUUAUGAAACAUGAUAUUAAUCAAGCUAAGAAUAUGAAGCUUCUGCUA